UCUGGGGGCGGCCCUGGCAAUGCCCACGCAGACACCUGGCGGAGGCCAGUCGGGAGGCCCCUCUGCCUGUCCCGCCGGGCGCGGCUGCCCUGAAGGGCCCUUGACAUGCUCAGAACAGACCCAUGGCCCAAUGGCUCUCACGGUCUGUCCCUCGCGGCCCAGUGCACCAGGAACAAGGCUGGGGACAGCGGCGAGCAGGGGCGCCUGUCGUGAGGCCCUGGGGCCGCUGGUGCUAUCUGAGAACCCUGCCCGCGGGGCCUCGCACCUGGCCCGGGAGGGCCCGUGCCCACUGCCCACACCAGCUGUUGGCUCUCGGCUCCCAGGCAGAGAUGAGCGGUACCUGGAGCUCGAGGCUGGGUGUCCCCCUGCGGCCGCGGAGAAGGAGGUGGACAGCUGUCCAGGGACGGGGCAGGCCGCGGAUGCCGCCCAGCGGGGGAGGACCGACGUGCGAGGUCGGCUCCAGACCUGGCAGCUGCGCAGGAGCCUGGGCCGCCUGGACCAGCUGCACGAGGAGAAGGGGCUUUUCAUCCAGGAGACCAGGGCCGAGCUGCUGGCCAGCCGCCAGCGGACGGAGCGCAUCAGGGGCCAGCAGGAGAGGCUGGCGGCCGAAGUGGCCGAAGAGACGGGGGCCAAGAACAUCGCGGCCGUGGGCCGCCUCCAGGCCGCGGCCAGACGCCUGUGCGCGGAGCUGGACCAGGAGCAGGCCCUGCAGGACACGCUCCAGGCCGCGCUGCAGGAGAGCGAGAACGCCCUGUGGCACCUGGAGCUCCAGAGGGGGCAGCUGGAGGACGUCCGGAAGUCCGCCGAGGAGGAGCGCGCAGCUGCCCAGCACUGCCACCGGGACCGGGCGGCCGAGAGGCUCCGCAAGGAGAGAGAGGCCCUGGGCAGGGCAGAGAGGGGCCGUUUGCUGCGAGUCAGGAAGUCCUCGGCGCUGCAGAAGGAGCUCGGACUCCGGCACCAGCGGCUGGUGGAGGACGCUCAGAGGAGCCACAGGGCGGCCGUCAGGUUCCUGAAGGCCUCGCUGGGCAGGAUCCAAGAGCAGAAGAGGCGGGAGGAGCUGGCGUGCCAGGAGCACCUGCAGAGACGCAUGGACGCCGUGCUGGCCUUGAAGAGCAGCAUCUCGGCCAACAGGGAAACGCUGCGCAAGUUUCAAGCAUGGGGCCAGACCAGGGCCCAGCGGGCGGCGCGGGAGGCCCAGGCCGAGCAGGAGGGGGUUCUGGCCCAGGGCGGGGACGCCUUCAGGCUCCUCCUGCACCAGCGCCGGCGCCAGGAGCUGCAGGCCCAGCGGCGGGCCUUCGAGGAGGAGCAGACGCUCCGGAAGCAGGAGAUCGUGGCCAGGAUCCUGAGGGAGGGCCUGGAGGAGGAGGCCAGGAGGCAGAGACAGCACCCCCCAGCCCGGGCCCCGGCCACCGUGAGGCACAGGACCUGGGCGCACGUGGCCAGCUGCGAGGGGGGCAGGGCGGAGCCCCCCACCCAGCCGCUGCCGGCCGAGGCCCCGUCUCCGCCCCCUGAGGCGGGCGCGCCCCUCUCCCCGCAGCAGAAGGAGCUCACGCCCGCCCAGGACCCCUGCCUGAUAAACGUGGUGUCCAGCGAGUCUGUCCAGGGCCUUGUCGGGCUCCCCAGCUCCGACGAGGAGACGCUGGCUGAGCCCGAGAUCGCGGGGCUCUGGAGCGAAGGCCCCCGGGGCGGCCAGGAGCCCCGGGAGGCGGCGGCCCGCGAGCCCGCGGGCGGGACAGCAGCGGCCCGGGACGCCGAGCGCCGCGAGGGGCAGCGGCUGCGCGGCGCGGCCGGCGGCGGGCAGGGGGCGCCGCCCUUCGACAGCAAGCCCGCGCGCCUGCUCUUCAAGGACUUCGACGUGGGCGCGGAGUACAGGAAGACGCUGACGCUGGUGAACGCCGCGCGCGGCGCCCGCUCCUGCCGGCUGCUGGGCGUGCGGGGGCCGCUGCGGGACUUCGUCCGCGUCCGCUUCGACCCCCCGGGCCCCCUGCCCGCCGGGAUGUCCUGCCAGGCGCUGGUCACCUUCAAGCCCCUGGUGAACAGAGACAUGGAAGGCAGCAUCUCGUUUCUGGCCCAGACGGGCGAGUUUUCUGUCCCCCUGAAGUGCUCAACCAAGAAGUGCUCACUGUCCCUGGACAAGGAGCUCAUCGACUUCGGCAGCUACGUGGUGGGCGAGUCGGCCUCCCGCUCCGUCACGCUGGCCAAUGGCGGGGGCCUGGGCACCUGGUUCAGGUUUCUCCGGGAGUCAGAGGCCGAGGACACAAACACCUCCUCAUCGCCCCUGAAACUGAGCAACUUCCUCGCUUACGAAGACACGGGCUCGCUGGAGAGAGUGGCGCCCAGCCUUUCUGAGCAGCUGGGGGGCCCGCAGCCCUCGCCCGAGGACACGGGGAGCCAGGAGCAGCCCUGGAGGCCCGACGAUGGGGAGCCGGGGGAGCCGGGCGCCACAGAGCCGGAGGCCGCGGCCAGCGUGGCGCCAGCGCCGCCCGAGGAGGAGCAGCCUGAGAUCUCGCUGGGAGAGGUGACCGAGGGCGAGAUCGGCCCCUUCUCCUCCGUCAGGGUGCCCGUCGUCUUCGCCCCGGCCAUCCCGGGGGCGGCCCACGCCCGCUUCAAAGUGGUGUUCAGGAACCCGCAGUGCCCAACGCUGUAUUUCAGCGUCGUGGGCACCGCCGUGGACUUGCCGGUCUGGGUGCCGCGGCCCUGCGUGGACCUGAAGACCUGCAUGUACGACCGGCUGUACCAGGACUCGGUCGUGAUCUGCACCCGGUCCAAGGUGGCCCUGCGCCUCCAGCUGGAGGUGUGCAAGGAGCUGCGCCACAUGGAGCUGCUGCCGGAGACCAGCUACAUCCAGGCCCUGGCGUCCUGCUCGGUGCAGCUCAAGUUCCUGCCCCGGCACUCGCUCCCGGAGGACGCGGGGAUGUACUUUGACAAGGAGACCCGGGUCCUGGAGGCCCCGAUGACAAUCCGAGUGGCUGAUCAGAUCAAGCCGGUGGAGUUCACCGUCCACGCCGUGGUCACCACCUCGGAUCUGGAGCUCAGGCCGCCCCUGGUGGACUUUGGCUACUGCACCAUCUACGAGGCUGUGAGGACCCAGAUCAGCCUGUGCAACCACUCCCUCCUGCCGCAGGAGUUUGGCUUCGUGGGACUCCCCAAGUUUGUGGACAUCCAGCCCGGGGACGGCUUCGGGACCAUCCUGCCCCUGGAGACCCUGCAGCUGGACGUGAUCUUCCAGCCCAGCAGGGCCAAGGAAUACAGCUUCGAGCUGGUCUGCAAGUCGGAGAUCAACCGGUGCUUCCGGCUGCUGUGCCGCGCGGUGGGCGUGCACCCGCCCCUGGAGCUGUCCCACCACCAGAUCAAGUUCCCGGCCACCGCCCUGGCCGACACGGCGGUGGCCGCGCUCUAUGUCAUCAACACCCACCAGAGCAUGAACUCGCUCACGCACUCGCUGCCCCGCGUGGGCACGGAGGACGCCUUCCCCGUGGGGCCCACGUCCUUCGAGUUCCUGCUGCCCCCGGCUGCGCCCAUCACCAUCUCCCCAUCGGUGGGCACCGUGCUGCCCGGAAAGAGGUGCCUAGUCCAGGUGGCCUUCCGGCCCACGCUGCCCAGCGAGCUCAUCUGCGAGGAAGUCCUCCAGGCCCAGACCAAAGAAAUGGAGGCCAAGUGGACGCGUAAGGACACAGCGGCCCCAAGGAGGGACCUGCAGAAGCUGUCCACCUCCACGCUGCUGCUGCAGGACCCAGACCAAGACCCCGCGGGCCGGGUCUCCUCUUCCCAUGGCCUGGAGCUGCAGAGGCAGGAGUUCAAGUGCAGCUCCGACGAGUACCAGGCUGCGCUGUUAGCCCUCACCCGGUCUUUCAAGGGCAAGUUCGACAAGCUCGUGGUCCCCUGUGUCGUUGCCAGUGGGGACGUGACAGACAGGAAGGGCGCAGGGCCCCUGAGCUUCAGCCCCCACAACACCCUGUACCUGGAGCUGUGGUGUCCCUCCGUGGCGCCGUCCAUCAUAGUCACGUCCGACAGAGGCAGGACCGUCUCCAACUUUGGCCACGUCGCUGUGGGACACUGUGGCCUGAAGAAGAUCUCCAUUCAGAACGCAGCCCGGGAGGACCUGGCCCUGGCGUUCUCCGUGCUGAACCCCAAUGGCCCCUUCGUCCUGCUGAACCCCGUCACCAGGCUGUCGGCGGGCCAGGCCCACGUGCUGGCGCUGUCCUUCGCGCCCCGCGAGAGCGUCCUGGCCCAGGAGACGCUGGACAUCGUCACCAAGCGGGGCACGCUCGCCCUGACGCUCAGGGGCACCGGCGUGGCGUCCACCGUCACGUGCUCCGUCGCGGGGGGCGUCCUGAGCAUGGGCCACGUCCUCGCGCGGGAGUCCGUCUCCGCGGGCUUCAAGCUGCAGAACCACUCCUCGCUGCCCAUCGCGUUCUCGGUGCACCUGGACAGCCUGUCCGCCUCCCGGCGCGAGGCCCGGCAGCGGCUGCCCCGCUUCCUCGCGGCGCCCGCGCAGCGGGCGGAGGUCGUGGGCACGCAGAACCUCAGCGGCCAGAGCGUGUUCAGCGUGGUCCCGGUCCAGGGCGUCAUGGACCCCGGCAGGGCGCAGGACUUCACGGUGACCUUCAGCCCGGACCACGAGAGCCUGUACUUCUCCGACCGGCUGCGGGUCGUGCUCUUCGACAAGAAAAUCUCCCACCAGAUCCUCCUGAAAGGCGCCGCCCGAGAGCACAUGAUGUUCGUGGAGGGCGGCGACCCCCUGGACGUGCCCGUGGAGUCCCUGGCGGUGACCGCUGCCCUUGACGCAGAGCACAGAGAAGAGGCCGAGGAGCUAAGGACCAUCCUGGUGACCCUGCACUACGUCCAGUUUGACACAGAUGAGCCGGCUCCGCCUGCCAGCCGGGAGCUGCGGGUGGGCUGCAUCCGCACCACCCAGCUGUCUCCCAAGAAGACCGUGGAGUUCAGCGUGGACAGCGUGGCCGCCCUGCAGCAUAAGGGCUUCACCAUCGAGCCCUGCAAGGGCUCUGUGGAGCGCGGCCAGACGAGGACCAUCAGCAUCUCCUGGGUGCCGCCCGCCGACUUUGAUCCGGACCAGCCGCUCACAGCCUCAGCCCUGCUGCAGCUCCGGGGCGACGUGAAGGAGACCUACAAGAUCCUCUUUGUGGCCCAGGUGGCCACCAGCUCCUGAGCCCAGGGGUCUCCCCCACACCGCUCGCGCCUCCUGCCCACCCUCAAAGCCUUCCCUCUCGGGGGACUGGGCUGGACCCCAGGCUUGGACGGCCCCUGCUGGGCAGGUGACCACACGCAGCUCUCUGCGUGCCCCCUGGAUGCCCGCAGACACAGCCGCUUCCUGCUGGACACGGAGAGCAGGGAUGAAGAGCACCCCUUCCCUGGCCCCCACAAGCCCACCCCACCAGCACCUGUGCAGCCUUUCCAGGCCUCGGGGCAGAUGCCUCACAAGCCUGUGAAUAAACUGAGCCGAGUACAGGGAUACGACCUCCAUGUGCCAGCCACAGUCCAUCGGCAGCCCAGUGAGGUGUGGUCAGAGCCUGGGGAGGCAGCACCUCGCCCCCACAGGCACACACCCGUCUGUCCAUAAAGCAAAAAUUCUGACUGAUCUCUG